AUGCCUCCCCGUGAAAUACCGGGCUUCUAUUACGAUGAGGCCAGAGGCAAGUACUUCAAGAUCGAAGGUCGAGCCACGGCACCGGUCAGCGCACCCUGGUCCGCGGACAACGUGAAGAAGCGCAAGCGCGCGGAAAAGGCCGAGAGGAAACGCCAGGCAGCCGAGGCGCGGACGCGUACGACCUUGGCGGGCGAGGCCAAGCCGCGCCCCGUCGGACGGAGGGAGGGUGCGGAGCGUGGCGAUAUCCGGGCCUCGCUGUUUUGCGAGAGGCUCAAGGCGGUGGGGGAGGUGGUUGUGGGCGAGGCGGAGGAGGUUGGGUGGGACGGGGACUUGGGGAGGAUGGUGAUGUACUCGCAGUAUAUCCCGAAAGACGCGGCCGGUCGGUACCAGUCCCUCAUCGUUCCCGAGUUCUCCUCCAUCAACUGCAGCCCCUCGAGCCACGUCGUUUUCAUGGCCGGCCUGUCCAACCCGGCAGCCUUUAUGACGUUUACGUGGCUCACGCGCAUAUCUUAUGCCUCUCUCACAGAUGACCGUCCACUCAGGGGCAUACGGCAAACGGCGCCUGUCUUCCAAGACUCCCCCGGCCCAGCCUCCAACCAACUCACCUCCUACACCGCAACCCUCCCCGAGCAGCACCGCUCCCUCUUCUGCUUCGCCGGCACCAACCGCGGCGUCCUCGCCCUCCACACGACCGGCGACACCGCAUGGGUCCACCAGACUCGUUCCGCCGGCGACAUCUUCUCCACCGACUGCCACGCCUCCGACCCGAACCUCCUCCUCGCCGCCGGCCGCCGCGGCAUCGUCACCCUCGCCGACAUGCGCGUCGGGCCCUCGGACGGCACCCCGCUGACGUUUACCCACGGCUCCUCCGUCACGCACCUCCGCGCCGCCCCCGACGGGAACCCCUACCGCCUCGUCGUCGCCGGCCUCGAGAACAAGAUGGCCAUCUACGAUCGUCGCUGGCUCGCCCGCUCCUCGCGCCACCACUCCCCGGCCGGGUACCGCAACCGCGUAAGGCUGCAUAUUGGCUGGGACGCGGACCCGUCCCUAGGCCUCAUCAUCGCCGCCCACGACCAAGGUUCCGUGGCCGUGUACUCCGCCAUCUCCGGACACAGAGUCGGCAAUGUGCCGCUGAAACCCGGUCAGAAAGGUCCCGUCAGCUGCGUGCGCGUCGGCCGCAUGGGUGGGGACGACAUGCCGAGCGUGCUCGUCGGGGCCGGAGGCGGGAUCCUGGUGCAUUCAUGCGUGUCGGAUGGGGAGGAGUCGUGA